CAGUUUAUUAGCUUAAGAGAUUCGCUUACGGUAGCAUGGUUAAGGAAUGUUAAAAAACGUUAACGCCGCGUCUAGACUUUUUUGAACGUUGUCUUAAUUGAUGCACAUCGUUAAGUGACAGUUGCUGACGAAGGACAGUUCCUGGUGAGAUUAUAGAACGACGUCGAUCUCUCGAGUGCAGUGAUUUGUGUUUAAGUGACUUACCGACGGAUUGUGACCGGAUGAUGACCAGCUUGAGUGUCUUGCAUCUAUAACGAAAACUCGAUGUUGGCUCAGCUAGAUUACUUCCGAGAGAGUUUGGUGAAGUCAAACAUGAUGCCUCUGGCACCUACUCCAAUAGUGGCGGUGCCAUCCAAACCUAAAAUCGGUUUUUCCAUUGACUCUAUCGUGGGGGGCGCAAAUCAACCCUCUAGUCCGCAUUCGUCCCCUGUUCAUUUCUCGGAGAGCUCGGCGCCUCUGAGUCCUUCAAGUGAUACGGAUAACAGACUGAAUGGCUCGCCGCAAAGGUCACCUUUGGGCUCCCCCAAGCCUCCGAUCAUGGUCCCUGGGAUUCCGGCUCACACGUUGGUGAGGCCGAGUCCCACCUAUGAGGGGAAUAUGAUGUCUAAGGGUGGUUUUAUGCAGCCUGAGCUUAUGCACAACCAUCCUGGUCAGCAUCCUUUUGCUUUGGCGGCGCAUUUUCAAGGUGCUGCUCUUGCAGCGGCUCUCAGUUCGGGGCAGCACACCUUCAAUCAACCUUCACCUCUGAACCCCCACACACCUCCAAGAGACAGUUACCCCCUUUACCCUUGGCUUUUGUCUAGACAUGGGAGGAUAUUUCCACAUAGAUUUCCUGGUGGACCGGACAUACCAGGCUUUCUCCUUCAACCCUUCAGAAAACCAAAAAGGAUACGAACGGCUUUCAGCCCUUCGCAACUUUUAAAACUAGAACACGCGUUCGAGAAGAAUCACUAUGUAGUAGGCGCUGAAAGGAAACAAUUGGCGCAGUCCCUAUCCCUCACAGAAACUCAGGUUAAAGUUUGGUUUCAAAACCGACGGACGAAACACAAAAGAAUGCAGCAAGAAGAGGAGGCAAAGACGAGUCAGGGGGGCAAAGGCCAAACGAAUUCCCAAAAUUCCCAACAGAACGCACAUCACGUGAACAAGUGGAAACAAGAGACGGGAGAUGAAGACCAGUAUGGGGAAUACAUAGACAUGGACAUGGACGAAGAAUGUAGCAGUGAUGUUGAAAGUGAUACUUGAGAAACACUCGAGCCGAAUAUGUAAAUUGUAAAUAAAUUGUACAAAGCAAAACCCAACCCAAGUGGCAAUAUGUACAUUCAAGAGGUAGUGCCAACGAUGUGCCAAAAAACUUUCUAGUGCCAAUCUCGAUAUACAAAACGACUAGAAAUUAGUACCAGUGUAUAUAUUAUUUAUUUUAUUUGAAAUUUGUAUUUAUUUUUGUAAAUAUUCAGUUAAAUGUAUUCGCCUGGCGUAAUAUACAAUGGAUUCCCAAGUAUCAAUCAACUAAAAUGUAGAUUUUCAUCCUACCUACUGUAAAUGAAAAUUUGGUAUUCGAAAUAUUUUGAUUUUGUUAUCUUGUGGAUUUGUGAAUAAUUCUCUUUAAUUCGUUGUAGCUUAAUUGUUUGCGGUGUCUUUUGUAUAUUUGUUGUUGAAGUUGAGUAAGAUUGUACGUAUGUAGUUGAACAUAGAAAAGAUUAUAUUGAAAAGAAUGUACUUAAAUGGAUCUAUCUGAAAACAUGGAUAUGAGGAAAAUAAACUUUCCCAAAUGUGAAA